UCUCUGCCAGCCCAGAGAGACUGAGUGAAAAAAUGUUUCUAAAUAUGCCAAGAUGGUCUUUUCCAGUUUCUGAGUUUUGCUGUCUGUCGUUGUUUGAAAUCUGUUUCCCAAGAGACUCUGGGAAAUGCAGGUGAGGGGCCUGGGUAGCAGCGGGUGUCUUCGGGGCUGGGUACCUGCUCUCCUGAGUUUGUGUCCCGAGGCUGUGUGCUCAGACUUGACCAUGUUUGGGCAUGGAGGCUUGUCUCAGAGGGGAACCAAAGGCUGCUUCCCUGGAGACGGGCUGGGAGGUCAAACUUCCUGCUGGAGCUCAGCGUCUUCUUUUAGGGUGGGGGCUGGGGGCCAAGCAGAAAGAAACCUUCUGCCUGCCGAAGACCCACAGGGCACCAGGGAGACUAAAUGACCACUGCCCCCAGUGGACAUGGGGAAGAAGCUGGUGAUGGCCCAGAAGCGGGGAGAGACUCGAGCCCUUUGCCUGGGUGUGGCCAUGGUGAUGUGUGCUGUCAUUGCCUACUAUAUCCUGGGCACGACUGUGCUGCCCCUCUACCAGAAAAGUGUGUGGACCCAGGAAUCCACAUGCCACCUGAUUGAAACCAACAUCAGAGAUCAGGAGGAGCUGGAGGGCAAGAAAGUGCCCCAGUACCCAUGUCUCUGGGUCAACGUGUCAGCUGUGGGCAGGUGGGCCGUGCUGUACCACACGGAGGACACUCGGGACCGCAACCACCAGUGCUCCUACAUCCCAGGCAGCCUGGACAACUACCUAAUGGCCCGGGCUGAAGUGGAGAAGGUCAGAGCCAGAUUCCAUGAGCACCAGGUUUUCUACUGCUUCUCCACGACUCGGGAGAACGAGACCAGCGUCCUGUACCGGCGCCUCUACGGGCCCCAGGCCCUCCUCUUCUCCCUCUUCUGGCCCACCUUCCUUCUGACUGGCGGCCUCCUCCUCAUUGCCAUGGUGAAGAUCAACCAGUCCCUCUCCAUCCUGGCGGCGCAGAAGUAGACCCAUCCAGCCACACCACUGCUUGUGUCCCAGGGGCCUGGGUGGGCCCCCAGGGCUGUCCCCACCUUCCCCCUCCCCUGCCCUCCUGCUCUCCCCCUCCACUCCAUCCUGUCUUCCAUUGCAUGAUUGACCUUUGGGAAAUCCCUUUGGUGAGUCAUUUCCUGCUCAAGAAUGUACCAUAGCUCCCUAGUGCCUUGGAGGACAUAAGGCGAGCCAGUUAUAGCUCUUCAUAACCUGUCCCCACUCAACUGACUCAUAACUGUUUCCUACUGCAUCACUGUCUAUCCCCAAAUGAUGAUGAUGGUCACCUCUGUGUCCAUGUCAUCCCUGUUGGCUCAAAGGCCUGCCUCUCCCACCAUGGAAGCCAUCCUUGGCAAACCUCAGUUCCUUCUUUGAAUUCCAUAAUGAAAACCACAGCAGCUUCCAUUUAUAGAGCACAUUUAGAACAUUGCUUUUUUUUAGGACACUAAGUGCCUAUACACUUUUAUUCUAAUAUUAACAAAUAUAUGCAAAAUAACAAAAGGCUCUAAGAAAAUAUCCAAAACGCAUCAAAAUAUUAGCAGUGGGAUGGUGGUUCGUUUGAAUUUUUGUCUUUAUCC